GAGAUUUCUCUUCGAGGCCGCAGCUUAGGGAAUGCCGGGAAGGACGGCCACGGUGAUGCGUGCAGGAGAGCAACUGGUAAGCGCAGGAUACACUGUGACAGUACUUCUCCGAGCGUACGUAGACGAGGACUUGACAGCGAGUGAGUGCAGACAACGAGCUAGGGAUUUGAUCUACGAGUGUAGAGCUGAUGUAAUGGCGCGAGUGACCUUCCAGACCUCGAUUUCCUAUGAUGUGAUGAUAUGGUCUCAUGGUUAUAUGCGCGCGGAGCACUACCACGAUGAGACGGUAGUGGAGGCUAGAGCGAGGGUGGGAGGGGAAGUUAAGGAAGCUCGACCGAAGGAUGGAAAAUUGACUACUUACAAGAAGAACCUCGUUGAGCUUUACAAAUUGGAGGAUAACAAGUAUUCCAUCAAGGACCUUGAAACAAUGACUCAAGAUGAAGAUGAGAGCGUACGGGCAUUUGGGAUGCGUUUCCAAAAGAUCUCCGACGUGCUGAUGAAGAAGGGGAAGAUCUCAGAGGUCGAGCGCUGUACUAUCUUCAUCGGACACUUGUCCAAAGGUAGGCAAAAGAGUAUACUUAGAGAUCUUCCGCGCGACAGGCUUGAUUUCCCAGAAGUCCUAAAGCUCGCGAUAAAGGCAGAGUUAGACGAUUACAAGGACUUGGUGUGGAGAGGGAUGAGGAGACGUGACUUCUCUCUCUACAAGAAGUAUGCCACUGAUAGAUGUUACGAUUUCAAGGACUCUCCCUGGUCGGAGAAGAAUGAGGCUGUGGCUGAGGAAGUGAAGGAGAUACGGGACAUGGUGAAGGGAUUGACGAGACAGGUUACAGAGAUUGUGACCACUACAGGAGCCACGGCCUACCGGGACAAACCUGGAGGGCCCUAUUCACUUCGCUGGGACCGUAGGAACAACGAUUCCUGGAGGAGUGUCGAGGAUAGAAAUCCUCGGACGCUGACUGAUUAUCGAAUGAGGACCGAGACCGCAGAGAUCGCGAGCCGUUUGGGCGAGCAAAGAGGCUGGAUGAUUACCCGCGAAACCCUCACUAUGAGGCCGAUCGGGGUAGAGGCGACUCCCGCAGCCGAUGGGAGACACAUCAGGGCCGACGAGAUGGAUAUAGGGACAACAAAUACGAGAGAUCGGACCGAGAUGGAUAUAGGGACGACAGAUACGAGAGAUCGGACCGAGACGGAUAUAGGGACGACAGAUACGAGAGGUCGGAUUGAGAUGGCUACAGAGGUGGUAGGUAUGAAAGAGGAGAUCGGGAUUGGGAACGACGAGAUGGGUCGCGCGAACGGUUUGAGCGCUGGGGAGAUGCGAGAGAGCAGCGCGACGAGUCGCGGGGGUGGUACAACCGAGGGGACCGACGCGAUGAGUCACGAGGGCGAUAUGACUCGGGGGACCGCCAGAAUGAUUCGCGACGGCGGUAUGAGCAAGGAGGGUCUGGAGGAGACCGCCGCAACGAUUCACGCGGUCGGAAUGAGAGAGGGGGAUAUGGCGUCUCAUCAGAACCAUAUCCCAAGUCGCCUGACUCCAAGGCAGCCAGGAGUUCGAUCUCGAGAAGCGCAGACGACAGGCCAUCUACUCCCAGGAACUCAUGCGUCUACUGUAGAGGAGAAGAUCAUAUGAAGAGGGAUUGCCCGGACCUGAAACGGGCAAUAGAUGAGGGACUUGUCGUGCUUGACGACCGCAAGUACGUCAAGUGGGCAGAUGGUCUGGGAGAUGUAUCAAUGUUCCCUUCGAUGAACGAGAAUGUCGAAGCAAGGAGAGUAAAGCCGAGUAAAGAAAAGGAGUCGGU